GCCUGCCCCUUGUUCCCCACAGCACCCUCCGGGACAUACCGGGCCGAGCCGUCCUGCGACGGCCCUCCGAUACCCGGUCCGGAAGAGCAUCUAUACCCAGGGAAAAACGAACUCCGCGGGCACCGCGUCCAGAGAAAGCCCCGCAGCGGCGGAUCACGUUGGACCUCUCCUUCGCACACGGCCCUCUUCCGGGUCCGCGAGGUCGGCCUUCCUCGCCCAUAGCAAAGAAGGCUUGUCCCAUCUCUUGCGGCGACAGAACUUUUCCAGGUGCCGUGUGGGGGAGGCAGAAGCAACCGUGGGCUGGUGAGCCUCCAGGCAUUACUGCCAUCAUGCCGAAAAGAAAGGCAAAAGGAGAUGGGAAAGGGGAUAAAGCAAAGGUGAAGGAUGAGCCGCAGAGGAGAUCGGCGAGGUUGUCCGCUAAACCUGCUACUCCUAAACUAGAGCCGAAGACUAAGAAGGGCCCGGCGAAGGAGGAGAAGCAGCGCCGAGGAAGGAAGCGGAAAGCGGAAGGAGGCAAAGGUGGGCCCGGCCCUGCCAAGAACCAGGAGGGCUCCGCGGUGGAGUCACAGGAGGCAGAAGGCGCUGGGGAAACCAAGUGAAGGGCCCAUUUUCCACAGCCGUGUCCUUCAAGUGACUCAACAGCUAGAGAUAAUACUAUUUUUAAUCAAGUUUUACAAAAAUGUAGAAUUUUGAUGUUUUUUAAGUUGUUAGUACACAGCAUCCUUUGUCUUUUGUGGAAAGGGGAAAUACCACUACUAGGUUGUGUCUGACAAGCUGAAUUGAAGUGGGGGAGCUAGGAUUUUCUAUCCUGGAUUUUGAAGAUUCUUCUUGGCUCCUAGAAAAUUCUCUGUCACUCGCUGACAUGAGCCGAUGGCACAGAAGCCUUAGAGCGCAGGAAUUCGAGUCUCCUCCUUCCUGCUGCCCUUGGCACAGGCGUGACUGCAGUAACCAGGAGACUAGGUGUGGCCUUGGCACCCCUCAGAUCACCGUGUCAGGUCUCAGUACUCCGGCUUCCUGGUGAUGACCUUGAAGUGGUGUCAUUCUUCGGGCCAAGAUUUCUGUACUUUGCCUGUUGAAAAUCCUGCAGGUUUUAGCUCAUUUCCUUUCAUGGCAAAGUUGGCUCUGAGAACUCCUUUGUGCUGCUUGUGACACGUCCACCCCCUGUGUGAAGUUUUCUUGUUCAAAGCUGUAGCAGGCUUUGUUGGCUUUUACAGUGACUUUGGGGGAGGGGAGUUUGGAACUUGUAAAGUGCUAUAGAUGACUGACUGCCCAUGUCUUCCUGCAAGGAACUGUUUGUGAAAAGUACCUUCUCAAGCUGGAUACAAGUUGGCUUGAAGGGGAGAUCAUUCCUUACCCAAAGCCACAAGAUAUUCUUUACUACCCUGAACUGGUUUUUGUGAAAAGUAUAAGAUAGAAAUUAAAUUUAGUAUUUUUCCU